CCCACACAUACUUUCAUUUUUCAAAAGUCUAUCUUUCUACAACACAUUUACUCCUUCAGCUUGUAGCUCUGUGCUCACCUAGCAGUGAGGUCAUGACUUGCCGUGUGACUGCUGACCACACCCUUCCACAUCCAGCACAAUGGCAGCAGCGACAUUCGACAGCUCGAUAGAUCGCCAAGCCGAACAAUGACCCGUGUCUCGCACCCCAUGCGUUCUGUAGAAAACGCCAGCUUGCGCAACUCGUGGCUUAUUAUCUUGCCCUCAUUGGACUAUAUCUUUUCCUGCAGACAGGAGGUUGCAUGCGAGGUGCAGAUGAUCGUACGCGUCAACGGCUGGCAGUAAAU